AAUAAACCCGACCAAAAUAAGUAGGUACGUUUUAGCUUAAAGUUUUCGCAUAAGCAACGCCUAUGUAUAUAGGUAGUGUUACACAGUAGAUCGACAAAUAAUAACACUUGGAUUAUUGAAUAUUUCAAACUGUUAGCUUAAGAAUUGUAUGUAAAAUAUGCAAUACAAACCAACAAUAUAGUGAGAAAAUAGUGUUCGUUAAGUAUAGAUCUAGUAAUAGUGCCUAAUUUUUACAAAAUGAGUGGAACGAACAGUAGUAUGGAAAUACCGAAAGAUGUAUCGAAACAGUGGGAAAUCCUUCUCCUUCUGUUGUCUUCUGAAGAAAAGAAGAUAGACAGAACAUGUGACUGCGAAGUGGACACGAUGAACUACUUCUUGAAGAAUGAAGGAGUGGGAAAAAUCCUUCUCCACUGGCUCAGCCAAAUGCGCGCAACCUACGCCUGUAAGACCAGUGACUCGGACACUGCCCUCAAAUGCGACUCUGUAUCCCUGCUGUGGCGGCAGCGGGGCAACGAGAAGUUCAGAGCCAGUCUGCUGCUGGACAGCUACGAGUGCUAUAACAAGAGUGUGCUGUAUGCGACACAGGAUGGAGAUAUGUUCCCUCUCGCUCUGGCUAAUAGGUCUGCAGCGCUGCUCAGGAUGAAGAAGUUUAAGGAAUGCCUCUCCGACAUAUCCCUAGCCCUGUCGCACGGGUACCCGCGCGAGCAGCGUCAUAAGCUGCUGCUCCGGCGCGCGGACUGCCACGCAGAGCUCCGGGCCCGGACCAAGGCCUUGGCCGCGCUGGACGAAGCCAGGGCCCAUGCGGCGGAGCUCAGACUGUCCCCGGCUAGUACUGCGGAAUUCGAGCGACUCGUGAAAAUAAUGGAAAACAAGAUGGCCGCCCAACAGGAAGGGGAAGUGAAGAACGAGGGCCCUUUGCCCGAGCUGUAUAUGGGCGAGAACCCCAACUUUGUGUCCGCAUCUAAUGCUAUAGAGUUAAGACAAAACGAAACAGUAGGGCGGCACGUGGUUACGACCGCGCCAACACGUCGAGGCGACGCGCUGUUCUCGGAGGAGCCCUACGCGUGGGUGGCGCUGCCCUCGCCGGAACCCGUUUGCGAGGGCUGCGGGGGCGCGGGGACCAACCCUGUGCCGUGUGUCACAUGUUCCCGCUCUAUAUACUGUUCCGUGGAGUGCCGGGUGUCAGCGACCCACCACCGCUGGGAGUGCCCUGGGGCGGCGUUCAACCUCUACCCCACUAUUGGCAUCGCCCAUUUAGCCCUCAGGGUCCUCCUGGUAGGCGCGGAGGACGGCUUCCCCCCACUUCCCCCCUCAGAAAACCCCCGGACCGCCAUGGAGCUUUUUCAGGGCUACGCGCAUGUGCAAGUGCCGCUAUAUGCUCGCCAGACGCAUCCCUUUCACAGGAUGUUUGGGCUACUCAACAAUUUCGACAAAAUGAACAACACAGACUACAUACAAUACGCGCUGACUGCCACUAUGCUGACGUUAUAUUUAGAGAAUCACACUAAAUUUUUCAGUUAUCUGCCUUCUAGGGUGCCUUACCCACUGUCCCAAGGUCAACUGCGGUUGUUCGCGGCGGCCCUGCUGCUGCGGGCGACGGGACAGCUGGUCUGCAACGGGCACGCGACCCUCGGCCUGGCCACGGUGGACCACGACGACGGACGGACAGUGAGCGAGCGAGAGGUGCGACGUGCGACAGCUAUAUACCCUUCGGCAGCCAUGAUGAAUCACUCGUGCGCCCCCGACGUUAUCAACACCUUCUACCGAAACCGCCUGAUCGUGGUGUGCGCGCGCGAACUGCCGGCCAAUACCGAGGUAUUCAACUGCUACGGGCCGGCGCGGUCCCGCGAGCCGGCCGCGCACCGGCGCGCGUCGCUACGUGCGCAAUACAUGUUCACCUGCAACUGCGACGCUUGCACCGAUCCCCAGGACGGAGUGCUACUAUUCUCCGCCUACCUAUGCCAAUCAUGCAAAGGCCCAGUAAUAUGCAGUGGCAGUGCGAAACGAGCCCAGUGCCAACAGUGCCACGCGCCUUUCCAACUGCAAGGAGCUCUGGAUACCUUGGAGCGUGCCAACGAGUUGCUAUUACAAGCGGAACGCGCGCCAUCAGUAGAAGCCCGCAUCGAGCACGCCCACGCCGCCUACAAGCUGAAACAGCAAGUGUUACACCGCCACCAUACCUCACUGCGCGCCGCCGCCGAUCGCCUAGCUAGACACUACGCCGACGCCGGUGAAUUCACGAAGAGUGUGGAGUUGAUCAAGCAGAACAUACAAAGCCACGAAUAUCAAUACGGCUCGUUUAGCGUCGAGGUGGCGCACGAGCUAAGGAAGCUCUCGGACGUGAUGCUGGAGAGGAUCUUCAACUCGCAGCAGAGCCCCGACUACCGAGACUGGCUGCUGGAAACCCACAAGAUCCUCACCAAGGCCGUCCAACUGACGUCCCUGAACUACGGGUCCUGGGAGCCCCUGGUGGCGCGCCUGAAGGGGCACGAGGCGGUCGCGGCCGCGCUGCUCGCCGAGAGCCGCGCGCCGCCCGUGCAAUCCGUGCACCAAGAGCUGCAUUACAACCUUAAGAUAUAACCUGUCGCCGACUAACAGGGCGACAUCAUUGCAACCACAAAACAUUGUUAUUGCAACCCCUAAAUAUUGUCACUGCAACCCCAAAACCUUCUCAUUCCCACUCCAACACAACACAUUCUUAUUCCAACCCCAAAUGUCAUAGUAACCCCAAAACAUUGUUAUUGCAUCCCCUAAAUAUUCUCACUGCAACCUGAAAACCUUCUCAUUCCCACUCCAACACAACACAUUCUUAUUCCAACCCCAAAUGUCAUAGUAACCCCAAAACAUUGUUGUUGCAUCCCCUAAAAUAUUCUCACUGCAACCCCAAAACCUUCUCAUUCCCACUCCAACACAACACAUUCUUAUUCCAACCCCAAAUGUCAUAGUAAGCCCAAAACAUUGUUAUUGCAACCCCUAAAUAUUCUCACUGCAACCCCAAAACCUCAUUCCCACUCCAACACAACACAUUCUUAUUCUAACCCCAAAUUUCAUAGUAACCCCAAAACAUUGUUAUUGCAACCCCUAAAUAUUUACACUGCAACUCCAAAACCUCAUUCCCACUCCAACACAACACAUUCUUAUUCUAACCCCAAAUUUCAUAGUAACCCCAAAACAUUGUUAUUGCAACCCCUAAAUAUUUUCACUGCAACUCCAAAACCUCAUUCCCACUCCAACACAACACAUUCUUAUUCUAACCCCAAAUUUCAUAGUAACCCCAAAACAUUGUUAUUGCAACCCCUAAAUAUUUUCACUGCAACUCCAAAACCUCAUUCCCACUCCACUGCCCCAAUGUGACAGUUACUAAACACCAGUGGCGGCGCGUCAAAAAUAUCCAUAGGCAACCCGGGGCUAAUUUUGCUUACAUAGUUCCUUUACAGCUCUGUUCAAACGUCCAAAGUAGGCAAGCCGGUGGGAAUCGGCUUUUAUGGACGCACCGCCACUGCUAAACACCUAUUAGUUUCGUGGUCGACAUCUAGCUUCAAGUAGCGGAUUUAUCUGUACUGCUACUCGACAAUACUCGAACGAAAACUCUAAUUGCUCAAUAAUUUUCAGCUAAUAUUAUAUAACCGGAACUCUAUUUUCAACUCUUUCUGCUUGUAAUAUUAGUCGUAAAUUGUUGAGCAAUACACUUUUCGUCAGUCGCGACAUCUAUUGUCGAGUAGCAGUACUGGCAAUUCCUCUACUUGACGCUAGAUGUAGACUAUGAAAAUAAUAGUCGUUAUGGUACCAAAACUAAUGUAUAUGGAGUGAGCGCUCGACGCUUACUAUAUUUCUCUAUGGUAUUGGUAUAACAAUUCUACUAAACUGCAAAACGCAAUUCAAGACCAAAAAAAGUAAGAAAUGUUGCCACUUUUUUACUAGCGCGUCUUGUAUUUAUGUAUAAAUAAGUAAGUAAAAGUACUUUUUUAAAUAGUAGGAGUAAAAUUACUAAUGAAUAAAUUAUCUUAGCGUGAUUAUUUAUCAAAAGGAAUUUACUAUUUUACGAACAAAUUAUUGCAGUGGCAACAUUUUUUACUUUUUUUGGUCUUGAAUUACGUUUUGCAGUAUAGGUAUGUGACGACAUUAAAGUGAGGAAAUUUUUUGCAUUGUACAAAGCAAUACAUUGACUUAAUAAUUAUAAUGAACUGUCGUACGUUUUAAUAGAAUUAUUUGGGAGUAGAUAGUGAAACUGGAGCAUAUACACCAGUUGUCUCCUUUUAUAUCUUUAAGUUAGAAAUUGCCUCCCAUACAAUCGCCAUCGGUCUAUCAUCAUCAUCAUCGAUCAUCGCGACGAAGGUGUUCACAAAUAUCUAAUAUCAAGACGUUAAACUGCGUGUUCAGAUAUUUGUAAGCACCUUCGCCGCUCCGAUAUACAGGGUAAUUUUUGGACCGUUAGCCACAUUGCGCGAGGUGAUUAGGUAAGCCAUACUGAACAACUUAUUCUAUAGGACCAACUUCGAAAUCACAAAAUUUUUUUUGCCGUUUCAUACAUUUUGGUGGAGUGGAUGUCGACGUUUUCUAUGGGAAGGCCAAAUUUUUUUUGGGAUUUCGGGGUUGGUCUCAUAGAAAACGUUGUUCAAUAUGGCCUAAUCAGUACUAAUCACCUCGCACAAUAUGGCUAACAGUCCAAAAAUGACCCUGUAUAUCAUAUCACAUUUGGAAUUGUAAUAUUUCAUUCUACUCUAUUCUCUGCACAUCGAAUAAUUUAUGUGAUCUAGUCUUUCAUAUAUGUAUAUUUACAUAAACGUAGUAGUUGUCGUGAGUGGUUUAGGCUGCCCUUCCACUGAGGAGGAGACGAGAGGAGACACGAGGGAAUCAACCAAUAGCAUUGGUUCUAUUCUCCAUUCCGCUGGACUAAAUGUUAUGCCUCAGUGGAUAGGCAGCCUUAUAUCCAUAGAUCACGUUUCUAGGUUGAGCAUAUAAGUCGACUCGCGAUCACCACACAUUGGCGUUCGAAUACUCAGUAUAAGAGCGACCAUUUCUUUUACUACGUUGCACAUUUUCACGCUUAGAAAGCUAGGUACUAAUUAACACUUACAUUUCAUACACAUUACACUCUUUUUGUAGUUUAUUAAUACUUGAAAAAAAAAAACUAUCGAUAAUACAGUCGUGUAUCAAGUUCGGCUAUCUCAAUUAGGCGUUUUUGUACUUACUUGUUAUACUGUGUUUAUUUUUCGAGUAGGUACCUAACACAAUAAAAACCGUUUAUACAUUUUAUAUGUGCGCUUGAUUUUCAAUCUUAUCUACAUAAUCAUCGCAAAACAGGAUUAUUGCUGUCUAAUCUCUGUAUCUUUAGGAAUUUCAAUAAAUGUAAAAAAACAAUUUGUACAGUCGACGUCAAAGAGAAAUUUACAGCCAAAGUAACAAAAAAAUGUUUACACGACCUAAAUUCUGUGACAAUAAAGUCGUGUAAAUAUUUUUUUGUAACGUUAGUCGUAAAGAUCUCUUUGACGUCGACUGUACAUUUUCGGGUAGUUAUAACAUUUAUUGGUUUACCAACCAAAUACAAAUCCGCCUGGAUUUGCCACUGAGCGUCCUGACUGUAACCUACAUUAUUUGAUCGUGUAAUGUUUUCAUCUACCCUCACCUGGGUUAAAGAGCCAUUUGAGGUUAGAAUUUGUUUACUUUUAUAAAUUAAAUACCUAAAGAUACAGAGUACAGGCUACACCGUGCACUACACGUGCACUACACACCGGGCUAUGGUGCAGGGGUAAAUUACAGCAGGUCGAAAUAAGGAAAUAAAGAAAAUCGAAAAAAAAAAUAUUUACACUUUGAAUCGUUUUUGUACGAACGAAACGCACAUUUUUUUUUUAUGUGAGGGCUAAGUAUAAAAUGAAAACACCAGAGUUGGCAAUAAUUUAGGAAUAACAUUUAUUUUACGAAUUUUGAUGUUACAGUAAUUAGCUUUAACAUUUAUAGUGAUGGGGCUUAGCAAAAUGAAACUGCAUUUUAUGCAGAAAGCAAGCCGCUUUGCCCAGUGAAACUAUGGACCAAUCUGAAUAAUUUAAACUAAGGAAACACAAAUUUCAUCCACUAGAAUUGAAGAUGGCGGACCUUUUCUAUAAUGGCGGCUGCAAAAUUUAAAAAACUUAGCCACAAAACAGCUGCACCGAUUUUAGAGAUUGAUAUAUCAAAACGAAAAAAAACCAUUUAAGAACCAACAGGAGUGGUCAUUUCUCCAUACAAACGUACUCGACUGUUUCCUUCGUGGGUUUUGAUGCUAGAGCAAUGAUUUUUUCAACACAGAUUAAUAUUUUCAAUAUCUGUGUCGGACCGUAUUGCUUUUUUUGAUAUUUUUGUUUAUUAACCCUUUAACCGCCAGAGUCUGAUAUAUAAGACAUUACAUAUCCAGCUCAUUUCGCCACAGUCUGAUAAAUAAGACAAAUAUCUGAUUUGGUUUUUACAGCACAUUUAUAACUCCCGUAACUAUGCCAACCUUACUCUGCGUGGUACAUAUACUGUCGGUGGCGACACGAGCACGCUCGAUCAAAAAUUGCCGGCGGUUAAAAGGUUAAGGCGCUAGACCCCUUCAAAAAUGGCCAAAAUGGCCUCAUUGACUAUGCCGCAAUGAGAGGUGUAGUAUUCAAAACUGAUAUGAUGAUAUCAAUUAGCCAAAAAAGCAAAGCGGUCUGACACAGAUAAGCCAAAAAAGCAAAACGGUCUGACACAGAUAAUUUCAUAAUAAUUUAUAUUUUUAAAUUUGGUUACGAUUGGUUAAGUUUUGGAGGAGGAAACAGUCGAGUACGAAACCUCGAUUUUUGAGAUUUUUACGCAGGAUUUUUCGCCUUGUCCUUAUCGCACUAGUUUUAGAAGCCGCUUGCGUUAGCAAGACGGGUAUAUUUACCUAAAAUAUUUAAAACUCUGCUCCUGUUUCGUCUUAAUAAAUGAAAGAUGGCGGCCAUUCGGCAUCAUUCAUCGUAAGGAUUAUUUUUUGCUAAAUAACAUAGUGUCAAAAAUAAAAGGAAGACCAUGAAUUUUAACAUUUGAUGUGAAAUUUAGCGAAAUUAUCAAAGAGUGCAUUUUUGGGCAUUUGAUAAAUUAAAUUGAUUAAUUUUGAAUUAAAGAUAUUAAAAUUCAUGGUCUUCCUUUUAUUUCUGACACUAUUUUAUUUAGCAAAAAAUAAUCCUUACGAUGAAUGAUGCCGAAAGGUGAUUUUUUUUUCACGUGUAGCGGGUUCGAUUCCCGAUUCAACCAUGUAAUUAUUUAAAAAUCUAUGAAUGCAGUUUAAAUUGAUUUUUAAAUUAAAAUAUGUCUUCUUUCAUCAAAAUAUCCAAUCUACGAUAUAGGUACUUUCCCUUGAUGUCCCAUAGUCUUGGGACGCCCUGUAUAAAGCCUCCAUUUUGGAAAAGGUCCGCCAUCUUGAAUUCUCGUGAAUGAAAUUAGUGUUUCCUCGGAUGAAAUCAUUCGGAGUGGUCCUGGUAGUAUCACUGGUCAAAGCGGAUGCUUUCUCCAUAAAAUCCAGCUUUCGAUGCAAAUAUCGCCGUAAGCCCUUAAGGCCCCUAUACAUAUUGGGCCAGCGUGGGCCAAUGGGGGGGGGGGGGGACGCAUUUGUGCGUUAGAGGGAGCAAGUGAUAUUGCUAUCUCAUUCUACCGCAUGGCUGCGUCCCGUGGACUGGCCUACAGGGGCCUUUAGACUUUUAUUUCAGUGAAGUGUUGGUAAAGACUCGAUUCUACUUCUCGUUUCAACUCGAUUCCCAAGAGUUCGCUACUCAUAUCAACUCGAUUCCCAAGAGUUCGCUACUCAUAUCAACUCGAUUCUUAAUGUAGUAAAUGCAGGUAAUAAAUUUUAAGCACUUUGGAAAUUGAAAAUGUUGAUCCCCUUACAAACUUAUGACAAGAUUCCGAAAUUUCAAUGAGCAAAUUUCGCAUUUCUGUAAACUUUCCGACGGCAGCAGUACUCGAAAGUGGAAUAAUUUAGACCCGAGUCUUACCAACACUAUUUCGGUGUAAUUUUCGUCAGGCAACGUUUUAGAUAUUGUAAGUUUUACACGUAGACUUAUAAGUAGUAGGUGUUUUUGUAAUUAGUCAAAUAUAUAACGUGGUUUUACUGGUUUUGUAUCUAAUGCCAAUAUUGAAGUUUCCACUAUUAAAGAUUAUUGCAAGAGU